ACCGAAAGCUAAAUAUUUGCAUGCCCAAGGAAAUCACUAAAAUGGCCGCCCCAUCAAACGGAAAAAAUUGUCAAGCAAUGUAUAAAUUUGGAACAUCAAGUCCACAAUGAACAUUUUGAAGAGAAGCCGUGUGCUGAAUCGAAAUUGUUUGCGGGAAAAGAUUCAGAGCCUUUCGCCUCUCCUGCGGACUUUGGACUUUGGACCUCCGAACAAGGACUCUGUAUUCAAGGCCACUUGGAGCUACUAUGCCAGCGACUGUCAGGAGCGACUGUCGAACAUUCGCAGGCGCAUUGAACAGAACGCUAGAAUAAUGGCUCCAAAAAAGGGACCCCUUUCUGUGGACUUGAAGCUACCCUUUAAUGAGAGCCAGUUGCCAUCAGGAUUAGAUUGGGAUGAGCACAUCUACCAGGAACUGGUGUCCUGUUUUCGAAAUGCAGAAAGCACGGAUUCAAUCAAGAAAACCACGGUGAAGCGUUCGAAAGUCCAAAGGUUUUUCGACAAGGGCAAGUUUUCCACUCCAGAACAAUGGAUUUCCUGGAAGCGUGAGGAACAGCAAGUGCAUCAAUUGCUUAAAAAGUCCUACGAUCCCUACUUGAAAGAGGAAAUGUCCAAAAAGCUAGAACAUUUACAAAAGCUCACAAAGCGACGACCUUUAGUUGUGCUUCCAAAUCAGGAAGAAACACUUGAAAAACCAAGGAAAUUACUGCCAAAGAAAAGAAAAUUACGCCAAAAGUACAAGAAUAAAACAAAGUCAGAGAUACACCAUGCUAUAAAAAGCAACACAAAAAUGGAAGAUAAAUAUAUAAAUUCAAGAAAAGACCUCUCAAAGUCAGCAACAGAAAACAAGUACUCUAUAAACACAAGAAAUAACGCAAAUCACCUCGCAGAUAGAUAUAAACCCUCGUCAGCUAAUUUGAUUAAAAAAAGUAGCACAAAAAUUGGGGAUAAUAAUAAAAACUCUUUAAGUUCAAGAAACAGUAUAAAGAAUACAGCAGUUAUAACUUCACGGAGAACCCUUUUAAAGUCGGCUAGUAAAAGUAAAUCCAAUAUUCAAUUCACUUCUGCUAAUUUGACAAUGAGCAGAUUUUUCGCCGAACAUCCGAGCUUGGAAAAUAUCCCUAGCUCAAGACUUUCUACUUAUACCAGUCGUCCAGUACGUAGACCUACACAAAAGAAUAGUGAUAGUAGCGAUGAAGAAGAUGGAAUAUACGGCAUUGAUGAUGAAAGGGAAUCCAAACUGUUAAAACUCAAAGAUCGAAACUUAAAAAUAUCGACGACAACGAAAAAAAGGAAAAGUAAAUAUCGAAAAUAUCAAGAGCUAAAGAAGAUCCUAGAUCUAAAAGAUCAAGAAGGUUCUAAUGAUAUACCUUCGAUAAGUGAGCCUUCACAGAACAAUAGCGAAGUAAGCUCGAAAAAAGAAAAUAUGACAAUAGCUGAAAAGCCAAAAUCCGAGGAGAGCCUACAAAUAGACGAACUACAAUUAUUUAAGAUCCCAAAAGGCAACCAAAAUACUGAAGAACGAAGACAGAGUUUUGUUUCUAAGGGAAAGUCCCACUCUGCAAGCAAUCAAUACAUCCACGAAAUCUUGAAAGGUCUGAACAAAAGUAAUCCAUCACUUUUCGGGGGCUUUAAGGAUAAAAAUGCCAGUUCAAUCUUUUCAUUUUACAGGGGUCAAAUAACAAAUCAGAAAAUGGACAAGAGCGUGAUUAGUGGCGGUUGGUCUAUAAACAUAAAACCACAUUCAAUUGUUAACCCAAAGGUUCCAAAGAAUUUUAUAUUUAGAAAGAAAGCCCAUCCUGAAAAGGUAAUAAAAAGUGAUGAAAUCGAAUUGCCCGAGAACCCUGAAAAUCAGAGUGUUCGGGGAACCAUUUUGGACCUAUUACAUAAAAAGACACCGGAAAGUCUAUUUCGUUCCAAAAAUGAUUCUGAAGAUGAAAUUCACUUGAAUGUAGAAUCGAAACCUAUAGUAAUUGCCGAUAUAAUAUCUCAGUUUUUGGACUCUUAUGGCUCUGAAAUAAGUUUUAAUCAAUCAUAUCCUGAUUUGUUUAAAUCCAAUGUGUAUGAGCAGAUUUCAGCUAUGAGUGUCCUUGAAAUAAAACAGCCCAAGGAGAAAAAGAAACGCGAGGUAAAGAAAGUAAUAGAAGUGAAAAGGAUGCCAUCGAAGCACAUUGUCUGUUCCUUGUGCAAUUUGGUUAGGAGGAGACAAUCCGAACUACGACCUUAUAUGCACAGGAUGCAGAAACAACGCCAGCGAUUGGAUCAAAAGACCUACUAUGCCCAGAAUUUAUCGAAAUGUCGGCGGGAUCCACAACAGUAUGCCCUGGAAAAAGAGAAGAGAGCCCAUAUCCGCAAGGUUCUAUCGAAGUGUUACCAAGCCCUGGAUCUUUGCCACCAGAUUGUGGAACAAAAGAUCUUACAAAAAUCUGAGGGAUGUUAGCUGGGAUAAAAGAUUUAAAUAUGUUUGUUCUGGAAAGUGA